AAGGUGACCCACAUGAUAAGAUUAAACUCAACAUUCAGUCUGUCCCAAGAAGUCUGAAGAACUUGCGUAAGACACAAUGGAUAGUUUCAUGUUUAUUAAGAUAUUACUUAUGUGUUUAAAUAUCGGAAUUCUGAGUUCCGCCCAAAGUCGAUUUCCCACGUUAGGAACUUCAACCGUUAAAACGACUGCACAGACAACCUUGGACCCACUUCUUAUGAGCGGCAUGGGCGGGUUCCUGCAAAUGAUUCAGGAAUUCGGGUCUCUGCGGGCACAGGUAGAGCAGCAGGAAGAGACCAACAAACUCCUCCAGGGCACGGUGACCAGGCUAGAGGCGCUGCUGGAGCAGGUCAACAACACGGCAGUGCAGGAGACAGACUACCUCAAACAGGGAUCCAUGGUGCAGCAAGAGAUCUCAACUCUGCUGCAAACAACAACGUUCAUCGAGGCGGAGAUGACGAAUGCUGUGACGACUGCAACAAUGUUGGAGAUGGAAAUGAUGAAAGUUGAGAAGUCUCUUGAUGACGUCACCGACUGCCAUGACAUAUUCAAAGCGAGGCUGGACAACAUGACUUCAUCACUGGUUGACGCGACUGACGAGACAAACCUUCUUUCCUUCAACUCUGAGAUGUUGAAUCAAACAAUGGAGGAACUCAACAAGGAUAUUAUGGAGCUGACCAGUAAAAGCGACGACUUGAAAGUAUCAACGAGCAAACUGGACAGCAUCGCUUGCCAAUCAGGAAGACUUUUCUUCAGAGGUAGCAGCAGGUAUCUUUACUCAAGGUUAGGGUAUGCUCAGUGGCCGGAAAGCCAAAGUGUUCACUUCAGCAAGCAGUUCAUCCGAUCACCGACUAUUUCAUACGGCGUUGUUGGUAUGGAAGCGGACAAAGACUAUGACGUCAAAUUCAACCUGACCAUCAAUGACGUCAGGAGCUCCGGGUUUGAACUACAGUGUAACGCAAAUGGAAAAGGCGAGCUUGUAAAGUUAGAUGUACAAUGGAUUGCGUGUCUUGUGUAGCGAGAGCCACGAUCUUACACAUUGUGAAUAAAAGUUCCCCAAAGUGU